AAAAUCCAGAAUGGUCAAUGUUAGGAGAGAGAGAUAGAAAAAAAACCACAAUGGUCAAAAUCGUCCUAAAUUAGUAAUAGGGCAAGAUUUGGGGGACAAAUCUGACCCACUAGGGCCACCACGUUUCGUGAGUCACAGCGGGAUUGCUUCUCUCUCUUGACGCGAAGCCGAUCUCCGGUCUGCUUCUCUCUCGACGCCGGUCUCAGAUCUGCUUCACUCUAUCGACGCCGAUCAAUACCUUCUUUUCUCUCUCUUGACGCCGAUCUCAGAUCUGCUUCUCUCUCUCGACGCCGAUCAAUACCUUCUUCUCUCUCCGCGAAGCACCCAACCCAAUCUGCGUCCUUCGAGAAGCACCAGUCUCCAUCUCCGAGGCAGAUUAUGGGGGUUUUAACACAUGCAAAUGAUCAGAUUCCUCUGUUGCAAACUCAAACCUCUGAGUCUUCUCUAAUUAGAACUGGGAACGUAUGGACAGCAGUAGCCCAUAUCAUAACAGCGGUGAUAGGAUCAGGGGUACUAUCACUUGCAUGGAGUAUCGCUCAGUUGGGUUGGAUAGCAGGUCCUUUGGCCAUGCUUUCCUUUGCCCUCGUAACACUCAUUUCCACUUUCCUUCUCUGCAACUGCUAUCGUUCUCCGGAUCCUGAAUAUGGGCUUAAUCGAAACCGCUCCUACCUUGAAGCUGUUCACAACAAUUUAGGGAGAAAGAAUGCCUUGGUAUGCAGCCUAUUUCUACAAGUGGGAUUGUUUGGGGCUGGUAUUGCCUUUACUGUCACAUCUACUAUCAGCUUAAGAGCAAUUCAGAAUUCGUACUGUCACCCUAUAGAAGGGACGCUAGCCAAUUGUCAAUAUGGAGAUGCUUCUUUUAUACUAAUGUUUGGAGUUGUUCAAGUUUUGCUGUCACAACUACCUGAUUUCCAUAAUAUACAAUGGCUUUCAAUCCUUGCUGCAAUCAUGUCUUUCAGCUAUGCUUUCAUUGGUCUUGGACUUGGCUUUGUAAAAGUCAUGGGAGAUGGUUAUAUUAAGGGCAGCAUUACAGGAAUCCCAGCUUUUACCACAGCUGACAAAGUAUGGUUGAUAUCUCAAGCUCUAGGAGAUAUUUCAUUUGCCUAUCCAUACUCCUUAAUUCUCAUCGAAAUACAGGAUACUUUGAAGUCACCUCCACCCGAAAACCAGACAAUGAAAAAGGCCUCGACCAUAGCAACUGUUAUUACAACCUUGCUCUACCUCAGUUGUGGUGGUUUGGGAUAUGCAGCCUUUGGUGAUGACACACCAGGGAAUCUCUUAACAGGAUUUGAAUCUUACGGACCACGUUGGCUAAUCAACUUUGCUAACGCCUGCAUUGUGCUUCAUAUGGUUGGAAGUUAUCAGGUAUACAGUCAACCACUCUUUGCAAAUGUUGAAAAAUGGUUCGCUGAGGAGUUCCCUGAGAGCGGACUUAUGAAGAAAAAUUACACAGUCAGACUCCCUUUGUUGCCGGUUUUUACAUUAAAUCCUCUCAGGUUGUGUUUUAGGACAGCUUAUGUUUUGUCGACAACAGGAAUUGCAAUCAUAUUCCCUUUCUUCAACCAGAUAUUGGGAUUGCUAGGGGCCCUGAACUUUUGGCCGUUGACCAUAUAUUUUCCAGUAGAAAUGUACUUGAAGCAGACCAAGAUUGAAGCUCGGACAGCAAAGUGGUUAAUGCUUCGAAUUUUCAGCAUUAUUUGCCUGUUUUUGUCAUUGUUUGCUUUGUUUGGUUCAAUCCAUGGACUAAUAAGUGAAAAGCUAGGCUAAAAGGUGACAGAAAGUUCAUAAUAGGAUCAGUAACUCAUUUGAAAGUUUUAUUAUGAUUGAUCCUUCCUGGCCUAAAUUGUGAAAAAAAAAAAAAAAUGAUAAAAAAAAGUGUUACCUUAUGUAGAUUUAUUAUCAAUACUACGGUUUCCAAUUUUUCAAAUGUGAAUGAUUAUUGGGUAAAAAUGUUUCAUAACUAUUUCGAACAGCAAUAGAUUGGCACAUCUGGUGGCUCGUUGGGCCCUUGUAAAUGAGAAUCUAGAGGGUUUUUUUUCCCCUCUCACCAUUUGUAAUAAUUUUGUAUCAAUUAUGAAUACGGUAUGAUUACUACUC